AUGAAGACCAUGUUAUUUUCCUUUUUGGUGACCCUUGUGGUGGGUACUGACGCUGCUGGGUUAUUAGAUUUCUUUUUCGGGGGGACUCCAACUGACGCUCCUGGAUUACUUGAUAUGACAAAUCAGCACUGGUUCUGUCACAACCUUGAUUGUCCCGCCUACGAAACAAUGUUAACAACACCGGGUUACGAAAAAAGAAGAUAUGAAGCAUCCAAAUGGGUCGCCACCAACACAACAUCUUCCCAGAAAAAUUCGCAAUUGUUUCAGAAACUCUUUCACUACAUCUCCGGCGAUAAUGCAUUAAGCCAAAAAAUCAACAUGACGGCACCAGUGUUGAAACGGCACGUGCCCGGAGCAAACCCACAAGCUGCCUCUACACACAUCAUGUACUUCAUGGUGCCACAUAAGAUGCAGGACUCUACACCAGCCCCGACCGACCCUUCAGUCUACUUCGUCACUCUACCCCCAAUGGUAGUGUACGUCAAGUCCUACUCCGGGUACAGCAGCGAAAGUAAGGACAUGACUGCCUUCAACGCCUUAAGGGCUGAGCUUAAGAUGACAACAUUCGACAGUGCAUACGCUUUUACUGCCGGAUACGAUAGUCCAUUUAACCUUAUACACAGACAUAAUGAAGUCUGGAUUCCAGAAUAA